GCGGAAAGUGCAGGCCCAGUCUCUGGCACACAUAUCGUACCAAAAGGCCUUGAAACAUGUCAGUCAUUGCCUGCAGCUGGAACUGGUGUCCAGAAGUAUUCUCUAACGAAGUGGACUUCAAACGCCAUUUCCGCCUGGUCCACCUUACAUCGUUAACGUUCGUCAAAGGGAAAGACUGGGAUGACUGGUUGAAAGCAGAGACAGGUCGCGCCGACAAGUCUGAUAGUCUCCUGGAUGCGAUUCCAACUCAAACUUUGACAUCACUAUCGGAACCUUCACAUAGUUAUGAAGUUGUCUCCCCUAGAGGGCUCUCGCCAUCUCGUCAGAACCCGUCAAUUUCUGCUUCUUCAAUUCCAAACACUCCUGAGCCAUCUCCACCGAGUCGGAAAAGAAGCUUCUCCGAGUUUAAUGACCAGUCUUCACCUACCCCACCAAUCGAGCCUAUGAGUCCUUCUCCUUUGCUGUCCAACAUGAUCGCGGACGCAACAAACCCUCGCUCGACGCGCCUUUCUACCCCUGCUUCACCUGUAGUUUCUAUUGCUGAUGGACACCCUAUCAGCCCGGGCAACCUGUCGCGCGAAUCCUCCGUCUCUGCGCAAGACGUGGAGACACAACUACAAUUACUAUCUCCUGCUCAAUCUUCAACUGAUACACCUCCUGAACAAAUAAAUUCGGAAGGAGACCAUUUACCCAUCUCGACACAUAACCAAAAAGAGGUCAAUUUGUUCUCGAAACCUCAGCCCACCUCUCCUGCGAGACCUAUGUCUCCGAUCCGUUCGCUUCCACGCUCACCAUCACCACCCAAAAUCAGACGUAGCUCUCGAACACGUUCACAGACACCAGUGCCAGUUCCAGCCCCGGUCACCAACGGCCGUAGGACAAGGGCUAACAGCACCGCAGGCUCUGUAACGUCUAGGCCCAGUAGUCGCCGACGUACUCCAACAAGCAGACAGUCUUCGGUUGAGCCCGUUAAUCCUCCUACCAAAAAGCGUAAGGUUGCGAGAAUGCCUUUCGUUCCCGAACCGGCCAUUGGUAAUGUUACUAAAUGUCACUCGUUUCAACCAUCUAACGAAAUUAUCACAGAACGAAUACCUGAAGAGCCCGAAAGUUUCAUUAAUCACCCUAUUUUAGGUGAAGUUCAAGUGUUAGGGACACACUCAAAUUCUUUCCGCAUCAACAACGGCGAGGAUGCAAGCCGAUCCUCAUCGCCCGAGGUUGACGAACUAGCAGACGACGCCCCACCUCAAGAACCAUUCCUGGACACUACCUCGAUAGGAUAUGACUACGGCUUCUCGCAAUUGCCUUUACAGACACAAGCUCCUUAUUUCAGUCAGAGCGACAGUCAAAGCCAGUGAAACACUAUUUCUAUACCGUGCGCCAUGCGCAUUUUGUGGCUCAAGAUCUGAAUGGGUUCGAUUAAGCUUAGCACAUAAUGUUCAAACUUGGACAUUUGUGUAAUGGAGGGUACGAGGACAUGAACCGUCUCCAGCGGUUGAAUUCGGCGAUGUCGAUCUCGUCGACCCUGACAAAACGAAGUGUCACCCAGAUCACCCGAAAGAACCAGAGACUGGUGUCUAGUGGUGGUACUCGCGAUGUGCACGCAUAAAUGGCCUUCGUCGUUCAGCACGACGAGCAUUGGUUGCAAAGGAAACUAACUUGGCCUGUGCACCUAGAUAUCCAUCUAUCAUGCUCCUGGGCACUUGCGUCUGCGAGUAAUCCCAACUCUCCAGACGUUGAAUGACGAUUUGAUCCGUCUGCAUGUCAAAGAUCACCAUGUACGUGGCACGACCGCCAUCGGGACGAGGGAAGAAAUCUCCAUCACCCGAGCCUGUUGCUCCCUUGAAGGAGUAUAGUUCGGUGAUGCCCUGUUUGGUAUUGGAGGGAAGCAUCUCGAGGAUGUCGAGUUCGCCACACCCCCCGUCUCCUCCCAUACCACGACAGUUACACCCGUAUUGGGCGGAAUUGGUAACUUGGGAGUUUAGUGCCCAAAUGGCGGGCAUGUUCUGUGUACCGUUGGAAGGCAUAUCGAAGUCGACAACGAAGAGCUUGGAGUCUGCCCACCCAUGGCUAGCAGUUCCUCUGCUAAAACCAUCGCAUGGGACAUCCUUGCAUUGCGUGGCGGUUACAAUGUUCUAGUCCGACUGUUAGUCUCUGAGUUGACUGGCCAAAAUUUCACGAUGAUCUUACCACUUCGUUGGUUCCGGAUAAAUGACCGGUGUAGGUUUCUUGGUUAGGAGCCGUUGUAGCAUCGGUCCAAUCCCCGUUUGCAUAGGACUGGCUAUUGCCGUUACAAGCUAUGAUACUAGGAAUUUAAUGGAUGUUUGUUUCGAUU